UUGCUGAUUUUCCUUGAGGUCCUGAAAAUCUCUAGACUUGCACUGAGAGCAGAAAGAUUUCUCGCUAACUAUCAUCUAGUCUCCUGUUCUUUCUCCUGUUCUUUCUCUUUUCAGGAAGAAAAGUUCAAAAGUCCCCAGACCUGCCCAGGACAUUAUGUCAGGUGUCAAUGACACUAAAUUCAACUCUGUAAUGUUCCUUCUAACCGGGAUACCUGGACUGGAAGACAUCCACCUCUGGAUCUCUAUCCCCUUCUGCUUAAUGUAUGUUAUUUCAAUAGUAGGAAAUUCAGUCAUUCUGUUCAUUAUUAAAACAGAGCCAAGCCUCCAUGAGCCCAUGUACAUUUUCCUUUCCAUGUUGGCUGUCACGGACCUUGGCUUAUCCAUAGCCACCAUACCGACGAUACUGGGCAUAUACUUGUUUAACUCUAGGAGAAUCAGCCUCAAUGCCUGUUUUGCCCAGAUGUUCUUCAUCCACUCGCUUUCAAAAAUUGAGUCCUUUGUCCUCUUGUUGAUGGCCUUUGACCGCUUCAUCGCAAUUUGUAACCCACUGAGAUAUGCCUCCAUCUUAACUCCACCGAGAAUAGCCAAGAUGGGCCUGGUGGCUGUGGUAAGAUCGGUGGCCGUAAUACUCCCACUCCCCAUUCUCCUAAAACACUUCCGAUACUAUCGAGACAAUGUCCUCUCCCAUUCCUACUGCCUGCACCAGGACAUCAUGAAGGCAGCUUGUUCAGACAUCUCAGUGAACAGCAUCUAUGGCUUGUUUGUUAAAGUCAUGACGGAUGGAUUGGACUCAUUCCUCAUCUUCCUCUCUUAUGUGAUGAUCCUCAAAACAGUGCUGAGCAUCGCUUCCCACAGAGAGUGCCUCAGGGCCCUGAACACCUGUGUCUCCCAUCUCUGCGCAGUUGUGGUCUUCUACAUAUCAGACAUUGGCCUGUCUGUGAUACACAGAUUCGGAAAUAGCUCUACUCACUUGCUUCAGAUUAUCCUCGGCUACAUCUACCUGCUGGUCCCGCCCCUGAUGAACCCAAUCGUGUAUAGUGUGAAAAGCAAACACCUUCGUGAGAGGAUAAUCAGGGCAUUUGUCAAGUGA